AUCAGAUCAAACCCAUGAUGCUUUCUUCUUCUUCUUCUUCAAAUGGUAAAUGGAAAUACAAUGUGUUCUUGAGCUUCAGAGGGGAAGACACCCGCGGCGGCUUCACAGACCAUCUCUACAAAGCCUUAAUACACAAAGGAAUCUCCACCUUCAGAGACGAAGACGAGAUCGAAGAAGGCAAAGACAUUUCUACCGAUCUGUCGGCCGCCAUUGAAGCGUCCAGAAUCGCGCUCAUUGUGGUUUCAGAAAACUACGCUUCUUCGAGGUGGUGCCUUGAGGAGCUGAAUAAGAUCUUUGAAUGCCACGACCAGCUUGGGAUGCUGGUGUUGCCCAUCUUUUAUAAAGUGGAUCCUUCUCAUGUUCGGAACCAGACAGGAACAUUUGCUGAAGCUUUUGCUAAACAUGAGCUCAGAUUUGGAGAACAUAACCCCAACAUCCAAAAAUGGAGGCAACUUCUUACUGACCUCGCCAACCUCAAGGCUUGGCUUUUGGAACCUUGGACAUAUGAAUCAGAAUUCAUCGAAGAAAUCACAACGGUUCUAUGGAAGAGAAUCAAACCGACCUUGAAAGUCACUCAAGAACACCAACUAGUUGGAAUCAAUUCUAAACUAACCAAACUUUCUUCUCUUUUGAACCCGAACUCGGAUGAGGAUGUGAUAUGGGUAGGAAUUCAUGGAAUGGGUGGCAUUGGUAAGACGACAUUAGCUAGGGUUUGUUACGAGCGAAUUCGCGACGAAUUUGAAGCUCAUUGCUUCAUCUCCAAUAUUCAAGAGAACUUUGAAACCAAUGGUCUUCCAUAUUUACAAAGUCAACUCCUUUCAAGGACGUUUUCAAUUGAAAACAACAACAAAGAUGUUGAAGAAGGUAUUGCUAUGAUAAACCAAGCGGUUUUUCGAAAAAAGAUUCUUCUUGUCUUAGAUAAUGUGAAUUGUUCAGACCAAAUCAUGGGAUUGAUUCCAAACAAAGACUCUUUUGGAAAUGGCAGUAGAAUCAUCAUCACAACAAGAAAUGCAGAUUUACUAUCAAACGAGUUCGAAGUGAAAAGAAUGUUUGAAUUGGAAGAACUUACCAACGAAGAAGCCCUUGAACUCCUUAAUUUGAGUGCAAGUCUAAAACCAAAUUGCUUAGAACACUCCAAGAACAUUGUCAAGAUUGUGGGAGGCCACCCUCUUGCACUCAAAUUAUUGGGAUCAUCUCUAAGAAACAAAGAUUUGAGUGUGUGGGAGUAUGUGAUAGAAGAGCUUCAAGGAGGUGGGAGUAUUCAUGAAAAAGUUUUUAAGUGUCUUAAAGUGAGUUAUGAUGGAUUGGAUGAGUGGGAGAAAGAGAUAUUUGUAGACGUUGCUUGCUUCUUCAAGGGGAAGAGAAAAAAGCUUGUAGAAGAGAUUUUACAUGAUUGUGGUUUCCAUGCUAAAACAAGGGUUGAUCGUCUCAUUCAAAAAUCUCUCUUAACUCUUUCCCGUAACAAUAAAUUGAGGAUGCAUGAUUUGUUGCAAGAAAUGGGUCGAAAAAUUAUUCGUCAUAAACCUAUUCAAGAUCGACUAUGGCGCCAGAAGGAUAUUAAAAACAUGGUUAGAGAAGCAUCGGUCGAAAGCAUAUUAUUCAAGUCGACAAGAAACGUCGUGGAGUUUCCAAAUUCGUUCUCAAGAAUGCACGAACUAAGGCUGCUUAAUUUUCACAAUGUGAGGCUAAAAAAUGAGUUAGAUUAUUGCAUUCCAAGUGAGUUAAGAUAUUUGAAGUGGAAAGGAUAUCCCUUGAAGACUUUGGUAUUCAAUUCGGAAGAAUAUAAGCUUAUUGUGCUUCACAUGUGCCACAGCAAUUUGAAGCAAUUUUGGCAUGGAGAAAAGCAUUUGGAGAAGCUGAAGUAUAUCAAACUCAACCAUUCUCAGAAGUUGUCCAAAACUCCAAACUUUGAAACUAUUCCAAAUCUCACAAGAUUAGAGCUGGUAGGUUGCACAAGUUUGGUCAAUAUUCAUCCAACAAUUUUCAGUGCAGAAAAACUCACUUUUUUGAGUCUGAAAGAUUGCAUCAAUCUCACCAAUCUUCCACCCCAAAUUUACAUGAAGGCUCUUGAAGUUUUGAUUCUCUCUGGGUGUUCAAAGGUGAAGAAGAUCCCAGAAUUUUCAGGCAACACAAAUAGAUUACUGAAACUCAAUUUGGAUGGCACCUCUGUAUCAAGCCUACCUUCAUCAAUAGCAAGCUUGGAUCAUCUAACAUGGUUGAGCUUAAGCAAUUGCAAAAAUCUUAUCAACAUUUCAAAUGCCUUGGAUAAGAUGACAUGUUCAAAGCUUGGAAAUAGAAAACGAAAGCGGGGCGACGUUGAAACGGUGGAGCUCGACGUGAGACGAACCACACGAAGAACGGACAAUGGAGACAAUAUGUUUAGAAAGAUUUUUCUUUGGUUAUGCAAAGCUCCAAGAAGUGGCAUUUCUGGGAUUCCAUCAUUAGCGGGUUUGAACUCUCUUACAAGCCUAAAUUUGAGUGAUUGCAAGCUUGAGAAAGUCCCAGAAGGGAUUGAGUGUUUGGUGUCGUUGGAAUAUCUGAACUUGUCUGGCAAUAACUUCUCUCGUCUUCCAACAACCAUUUCUGGACUCCAUAAGUUGAGAAGAUUGAACAUAAACCAAUGUGAAAAGCUUCUUCAUUUCCCAAAUCUACCGCCAAGGAUCUUAAGGGUAAUGUCAAAGGGCUGCAUUUCAUUGAAAGAUUUUAUAGACAUUUCAAAACUUGACCCUUCAGUUCCGAUGUUAAGGGUGAAUCUUCAGAACUGUUUCCAAUGGACUGACAACAAAUGGUUCCCUAAAUUGAUCACUUCUUGGAUGCACAACAUGUUCUUCGGAAAACGAAAAUUCAGCAUCAUAGUUCCUAUGAGCGAGAUUCCAGAUUGGUUCACGACCACAAAAAUAGGAUCUUCGAUAUGCGUCAAGUGGGACAAUGACGCACCGAAUGCGAACACGGGUUGCUUUGCGCUCUGUGUUGUUUUUGGACCAAGCAACAACAACGGCACCACCCAUUUUUGCUGGAGAAUUUUUACAUGUGUGACUGUAGCAGACAGUAAGGACCCAUACAAAGAAGAUCUUGGAGUUGGUUUCUUCUCUUUUAUAGGCAUUAAGUUAGACCACAUUUGGAUGUUUAGUGUGCCUCAAAACAUUAUGAGAAAGAUUCACAACAGUACAGGUAAAGAAAUUGAGUUUCAUUUCUCUUCCACAUUUACAAAAAGUGUCAAAAUAAAAAAGUGUGGAGUUGGUUUGAUAAAUAUGGAAGAAGAGAGUGAGGUCAUGAAACAGUAUGUUUUGUUGGGUUGACCGAUGAGGAUUUGACCGACGAUCGGAAUUAUGUUAUGUCAAAACAAGUACAAGAGCCGAAGGAAAAACUUGAGGAGAGAGAGCUUUUUGGAACAAAGGAAAUGUAAUGAUAGGAGUGAGAUACGUUCAUGAAAUGUUAAGGUUAGGUUACGUACCGAAGUGCUAUGGAUAUGAGAGAUUGAUAAAAGAACA